UCCUUGCUGACUCCGGCACUCUGAAUGUACACCCUACUACCCUAUAGUAUAUGCUAGUUGACAGUGGAGAAUCGCAGCUGCAAAUUCCGACUAAAAGGUUCCAACUUCUAUUGACAAAGAAUACAGAUGAAGGGCCUCAUCUUCAUCUCUCUAUUCCUAUUUUUAGCCUUGAAUUUCUCCAUUGCAGCUGAUACCAUAUCUCCAUCACAAUCCAUCACCGGCUCGAAUACCUUGGUUUCUUCCAACCAAAGAUUUGUACUAGGACUCUUCUCCCCACCCAAUUCUAGAGCAUGGUAUUUAGGACUAUGGUACAAGAAAUUUCCAGAUGUUGUUGUAUGGAUUGCAAACAGAGAAGACCCACUUCCAGGUUCAAAUGGAGCCUUGACAUUAUCAGAAAAUGGCACCCUCAUCCUUUCAGACCAAAUGAACAACACAAUUUGGUCCUCAAAUUCUUCCAGAGUAGCCGCAAACCCAGUUGCGCAGCUUUUGGUGACGGGAAAUCUUGUUGUUAGAGACCAGGCGUCUCCAACAGCAACAGCAGAGUCCGAAAGCUAUGUAUUUCAAAGCUUUGAUUUCCCAUCAAACACGCUUUUGCCAGAUAUGAAGGUAGGGUGGGACUUCAGAACUGGCCAAAACCAUUUCUUGACUAGUUGGAAAAGUGCUAGUGAUCCCUCCCUUGGAGAAUAUACCUAUAGGAUUGAUAACCCUGAGUUGCCUCAGCUUGUUGUUGCUCAAGGAUCAAAGAAAGUGUUCAGGACAGGGCCUUGGAAUGGUCUUCGAUUUACAGGUACUCCUGUUUCGGUUGUUACAACAGCAUCAUUUUUGGUACCAAUCUUUGUCUACAAUACCAAUGAGUUGUAUUACUCAUAUGAGGUUACUGAUGAUUCUAUUCUGACAAGAGUGACGCUGACUGAGUCGGGUUUGGCUCAGCGGCUAGUGAUGAAUGAAGGGAGCAGUGAAUGGGCUGUUAUGUACACUCUGCAGAACAAUCAGUGUGAUGAUUAUGGUCAGUGUGGAGCAAAUGGCAUUUGCAAGAUUUACAAAUCACCGAUUUGUGAAUGCUUGCAGGGGUUUGUUCCCAAAUCUCCAAAGGAAUGGGACGUUCUUAACUGGACAAGCGGGUGCACGAGGAGGACAGCACUGCAUUGUGAGAAAGGGGAAGGAUUUGUGAAAGUUAAUAAUGUGAAACUGCCGGACUUGUUGGAUUUUCGGGUGAACAAAACCAUGCUCCGCCGAGAGGAAUGUGAGGCAGAGUGUUUGAAGAACUGCUCCUGUAUGGCUUAUGCCAAUUCGAACAUAACCAGUGGAGGCAAAGCAUGUCUUAUGUGGUUUGGCAAGCUGAUUGAUAUGCGGGAGAUCGUUGAAGAUAGUGACCAGAUAUAUAUUCGGAUGCCAGCUUCCGAACUAGGUGAUACCAGCCAGAAACAUAAAAGAGUAUUGCUCGUCUCGGUCAUAUCAUCAGCAGGUUUUGUGCUUCUUUUUCUGGGUUUGUCAUGCUGCUAUAUUUAUGUGAAGAAGAGAGAGAAGAAAAUGGGCUCAAGAACUAGUGAGGAGGACUUGGAGUUGCCACUGUUUGAUUAUGGUAGAAUUGCAACCGCCACCAAUGACUUCUCCGGGACAAACAAACUGGGAGAGGGAGGUUUUGGUCCGGUUUACAAGGCCAAGUUAACACAAGAAGAGUUUGUAGCAGUAAAGAGACUCUCGAAAGAUUCUGGGCAAGGUCUUGAAGAGUUUAAGAAUGAAGUUACAAUGAUGGCUAAUCUUCAACACUGGAAUCUUGUUAAACUUCAGGGCUGCUGCAUUGAAGGAGAAGAAAGGAUGCUAAUCUAUGAGUACAUGCCCAACAAAAGCUUGGACUGCUUUAUUUUCGAUGAAAACAAGAAGUUGUUGCUGAAGUGGCAAAAGCGAUUUGACAUAAUAGUAGGAAUUGCUAGAGGACUUCUCUACCUACACCAAGACUCCAGGCUAAGAAUCAUUCAUAGGGACCUUAAGAGUAGCAACAUCUUACUUGACGAUGAGCUGAACCCCAAAAUUUCUGACUUUGGUAUAGCAAGAAUUUUCGGUCGCAAUCAGAAAGAAGCUAAAACAAAACGAGUAAUUGGCACAUACGGAUAUAUGUCCCCUGAGUAUGCAAUUGAUGGAAAAUUUUCAGUGAAAUCUGAUGUCUUCAGCUUUGGAGUGCUUUUGUUAGAGAUAGUAAGCGGCAGAAAGAACAGAGGGUUUCAUCAUCCUGAUCACCAUCACAAUCUUUUGGGACAUGCAUGGUUAUUGUGGAAACAAAACAAAGGUUUGGAGCUAAUGGAUAUAUGCCUGGAGGACUCAUAUGUUGAGUUUGAAUUGCUAAGGUGCAUUCAAGUGGGUCUGUUGUGUGUUCAAAAGCUGCCUGAAGACAGACCAGUAAUGUCAUCGGUGGUUCUUAUGUUCAGCAAUGAGGGAGCAACUUUGCCUCAGCCAAAGGAGCCUGGAUUCUUUAUAGAAAGAGGUUCCUUGGACUUUGAUAGCUUAAGAGACCCAGGAAAAAGCAACACCGGAAACACAAUUACCAUUACCACAGCGGAAGCUAGAUAAACAACCACCAUAUACAAAUAGAGCUCUAGAAAUUGUAAAAGGUUUAUUAUGGCCGGGAUUAGUGCUGUAAAAUUGGAAUACCCUUUGGUAAAUAGAGAUUUACUAGUAUCCACUUGAAUUUAUAUGGCUUUGGAGUUUGGUUC